AUGGCUUUUUCAAUCUCUUCACUGAUGGCAUUGGUGAUGAUCUUCUCUAGCCCCAUCUCCUCCACUAGCUGUUACCUGCCUCAGAGCCUUGACUUGAGAAAGCAGGAGACCUUCACAGCUCUGGACCAAAUGAAGACAAUCUCUCUUCUUUCCUGUCUGAAGUACAGGAGCGACUUCAAAUUCCCCCAGGAGAAGCUGGAUGGCAGCCAGUUCCAGAAGGCCCAGGCCAUCUCUGUCCUCCACGAGAUGCUCCAGCAGAUCUUCGACCUCUUCCACACAGAGCGCUCCUCUGCUGCCUGGAACACGACCCUCCUGGACAACCUCUGCACUGGACUCCAUCGGCAGCUGGAAGACCUGGACACCUGUUUGGAGCAGGAAACGGGAGAGGAAGGAUCUGCCCUGGGAACUGUGGGCCCUACACUGGCCGUGAAGAGGUACUUCCGGGGACUCCAUCUCUACCUGAAAGAGAAGAAAUACAGUGACUGUGCCUGGGAGAUGGUCAGAGUGGAAAUCAGGAGGCACUUUCUCUUCAUCAACGAGCUCAUAAGAAAACUCAGGAAGUGAGAAGGAACCUGAUUCUCAGUGACGAAUGUCCUCGCUCAGACUCUUAAUUGUUCAGUCAUUUCCAAAAGUGUUAUUUUUUGCUUCAGCUAUAAAAUAAUUAGAAUCAUAUUUGGCAUAUUUUUAUCAGUAAUA